AUGAAAAGAUUUUUAGAUUCCUUGAAAGUACAUGUUGAUGAAUCCGUCAAUGAUCAUAAAUUAGUAACGCAGCAGUUCAAUGAUAUUAAUGUUCAGUGGAAAACUCUAUCAAAAACAGUAGAUAGAAGUAUUAAUGAGUCAUUAAGGCCUAAAAAGAAGCGUUCACAUUCUGUUGCAAAUAGACAUACAAACGUAUACAAUCAAUGGCUUCAAUACGAGCAAGAAGCCCAAAAACCGAAACCAAAAUAUACGCCUGCUUCACAAUAUCCAGUACCAAUGCAACCAAGAGUUUUUAAACCAGUUGUUAACUCAUUUAAUGCGGAAAGAGUUGCAAAACUUGCAACAAUGCGGCCAAUUCAAGUUAGAGCUGAAACACCACCAGAGAUUCCUGAUGACUCUGCAAAGGUUCCAAAAAUUGAUGUCGAAUGUCUAGCAAAGAAAUUGAAUGAAUGA